AUGGAUUCUAAAAGUACAUUUAGUCACCAGGAUGACGUACCAAAACUUCCCUUGCCUAAGUUGCAGGAUACUUUCUACAACUAUCUUGCAUCUGUUCGCCCUUUUGUGAAUGAUGAGCAAUAUGCACAGACAGAAGCUCUAGUGAACGAGUUUGGCAAACCAGGUGGAAUUGCAGAAGAAUUGCAGCAGUAUAUUGCGGAAAAAGCAAAAUCUUCAGAUAACUGGGUAACAGAUUGGUGGACCGAUUACAUUUAUUUAAAGAAUAGAAACUCGGUUAUUUUUAACUCUUCAGGCUGCAUUAUGGCCGGUUAUGAAUGGGUUACAACCGAAGAUGAAUACAUAGACCUAGCUGCAAAAAUAGCUUUGAAAAUAGUAGAUUACUAUUGGCUAAUCUACACUCAAACUCUGCCACCUGAGAAUUUUGGUGGCAGAUGGCAAUGCAUGAAACAAAAGUUAUACAUGUUUGGGGGUGGAAGAAUUCCGAAACACGGUAUAGACGUCUUUGAUUGGCAAAAUCUUGGAGAUGACAUUUCUAGGCACAUUAUAAUUUCUCAUAACAAUCGGUUUUUUGCCAUUGAAUCGAUUAAGGACAACAAGGUCAUUACGUUUACAGAAAUGAGAAUGCAGAUUAAAAGACUGAUAGAAAUGUCAGCUGAAGUAUCAGAACCUGUUGGCAUACUGACUGCAGCAGAGCGUGAUAGAUGGGCUGAUGUACUUGAAUUGUUGUUAAAAGAUCCCCAAAAUGAGCAAUCAUGGCGAACAAUUCAUCGUGGAAUUACGGUUUUAAGUUUAGAACGAAAUUUACCUGAGAUUCCUGUUAGCCCUGAUCAUCCAGACUAUGCUGAUGAACAGUUUACAAUAUUUGUUGCGGGAUCAUUACAUGCUUACGGUAGCAAAUAUAGCGCCGCUAAUCGAUGGAAUGAUAAAUGUAUUGCCAAUUAUCUUGGCCGUUAUGGAUACUUUGGCUUGCUAGGAGAACAUUCCAAUAUUGAUGGAUCGCCACUCUUUCUUUAUAAUUCCUACGUUGAGCAACAGAUCUCUAAGGUCAAGACCGACGACGAACCACCACGCGAAUAUUUAGAUGAAGUCUCGGCGCCUCUGAAAAUCGAAUGGAAUCUGUCUGAAGAACUGCGCUACCACAUCCAGCAAACAGCAGAGACUAUAGACAAAUCUGUCGACAGUUUAUUAACCCGCGGGAUGAUAUUCAGUGACUACGGUAAAGAAUUUAUUAAAUCUCAGAAAAUGAGUCCAGAUAGUUUUAUUCAAACUGCUUUGCAAUUGAUUUACUACAAACUCGCAGGUCAGCUAGGAAGCCAGUACGAGAGUUGCGCUUUAAGGCAUUUCGUUCACGGCAGAACCGAAACAAUUCGCUCUGCAACAAUAAAAUCGAAGAUUUUAUGCGAAAUUUGGACAAAUCCUCAUGCGACGGACAGUGAAAAGCGUGCUGCGUUUGCCGAUGCUACAAAAUUACAUAAUAAAAUUGCUAGAGAGGCAUAUGUAGGUCAGGGCUGGGAUAGACACAUGUUCGGUUUGAAAAUAGCCGCAUUAGAGAAAGGAUUGCCAGAACCGGAAUUAUUUAGGGAUUAUGCCUAUAAAAAGCUUAACCAGUAUGAGGUUUCAACCAGUCAGAUGACUUGUGGGAAAUCGUCUAAUGGAGCUUUUGCCCCUUCAUGCCAUCAUGGUUAUGGAAUAUCUUAUAGCAUUCAGCCACAUCAACUAAAUUUUUCCUGUACGUCAUUUGUAAGCUGCCCGACAACUGAUAGUAAAUUAUUUUUAGAUAAGGUACGAGAAUUUUUUCGUGAGUAUCGUGAUAUGGCAGAGCGUUUAGCUGAGGCAAAUGAAUAA